AACAAGACUGUCCAGUCGCUCAAACAGGAGCUGCUGGUAGAGAAGGGUGACAGAGAUCAGCUGCAGUCAAGGCUGACGUCCCAACAGAAAGACCUCUCAUCUCUAGAGAGGCAGCUGCAUGAGGCUCGCACCGAGGUCGAGAAGAUGAGGAAGAUGAAGAAGACGGCAGAAGACAAACUCUCUGAACUAAACAGGGUCAGCAGAGGUCAGGAGGAAGAGCUGUCGUCUAUGACUGUGAGAUUGACUGAGUCGACUGAAGAGGUCACCAGGAUCAAGAAAAUGAGCUCCCAGCUGGAACGAGAGAAGACCCAGACUGACCUCUCUCUUAAGAACCUCCAACAGACACACGAUGACCUCAAGAGAAGGUAUGAUGAUAUUGUGGAUCAGUUGAAGGCAGAUCGCGAGAAAACCUCUGACAGUAAGAGCAAGGAGAACUCUGACCUCCUUGCCAAGCUCGAGACAGAGGCCGCGGCUCACAAGGCUGCCAGAGAGAGAGCCGAGAAGGCGGAGUCUCAGGUCUCUAUGGCAACCCUGGAUCUGAAGACAACACAAGAGGAGGCGAGACAGAAGCAGCAGGAGGUUACCAGUCUCCAGACCAAGCUGCAAGCUCUCCAGGUGGAGACGAGACGUCGUCUACAGAGUGUGUCAGACAGUAAGAGGGACACUGAGAAGAGGGUCGAGGAACUACAGGUGAGGGAGAGGGAGCUAAUGGAGCAAGUGAGCUCCACGACUGCAGAGAAGCACAGACUGGAGGACACCAUAUGUCGCCUGAAGAGUGAGGCGAUGGCGUCAGCCACCUCCGUCUCUGAGGCCAUGGAGCUAUUGGAGAGAGAGAAGGAGACUGCCGCUGCAGCAAGAAGUGAACUGGAGCAGGCUACAAAGGCAGCUGAACUAGCCCAGAAAAACCAGACCACUGAGAAGGAAAUAGGACAGCUGAAGGCAGUGGUGGACUCCCUGCACAAGAAGCUGGAGAAAGCCUUGAUGGGAAAGACAGUGGCCGAGUCGAAGCUGGCGGAUUUUGAGAGGGAGAAGAAGAUGAUUGAACUGGACAUUCAGGAGAUUCUAGUGAGACACAAGUCUGACGUGACCGAGAGAAUGUCCAAGUUUGCCAGGCUGGAGGAGUCGCUGGUGCUGACUCAGCGAAAGUUGGAUCAAAAGAACCAUGAAAACGAGGUUUUCCAGGACAACCUAAAACAGGCUCUACAACAGCUGGAAGAGAGAGGGGGUCAUGGGGAGGAGCUACAAGACAAGAUCAACUCUCUGGAAAAAGAGCUAAAGUUCAUGGAGGUCAAGAAGAACGAGGCCAUCAACAAACUAGCGCAGGUUAUGUUCUCAAGAACCCCUGACAGAGGAGGCUCGAGCCAGCAAUCCUCUGGCAGCAGGAGACAGGACCGAGAGAUCAGGAAGCUGAGGGGAGAGCUGCAACACGAGACUCAAAAAUUCCAGAACAUGGUCCGCAAAUACCAGAAGGAGCUGGAGGAUGUCUCUAAUAAAAUAGCUGAGGAGCAGCAGUUGCGACAGGAUCUGCAGGUGAAGUUGAUUCAGAGCGAGCAGCAGCUAGCAACACUCAAGACUUCCCUUAGCAACGGACCCACUAUGGAGCUGAUAGACUCUCCUGCCCAUAGCGACAUUGUGUCUCCUAUUGUGGAGCGAGUGACGUGUCGACUUCAGAUACCAAAAGGCCACAAUCCUCGCAAACAGGGAUGGAAGGAAGUGUUCAUGGUGAUGUCAUUCACCAACAAGCAGCUGGCAGUGUAUGAGGAUGAGGAUUCUCUGCAGACCAAAGACCCUCUCAUGGUCUACCAGUUCAGUCAGAUCUACACUGUGAGGACUUUGAACCCGGGGGAACAUGAGAUUCUGAGAGUUAAACAGAGCGACCUCAAAAAGAUCCUCAUGUUGUCGUAUAUCGAGGAUGGAGGCUCAGCAGCUGUUGCACUGGACUCAUCUACCGCUGUCUACCUCCAGCCUGACCAGGGAGAGUUGAAGACGGUGCGGGGUCACCAGUUUGUGGAGAUCAACUACCACACUCCGUCCAACUGUGAUGUCUGUAGUAAGACUCUCCCUUGGUCUCUUAACAUCAUGAGACGUGGAGAGUGCUCAUAUGAGUGUCAGCGCUGCCAUCUGAAGUGUCACAAGGAGCACACUGAGAGGAACGUGGAGGCCAUGCAGCCUUGUGUUGGAGGGGAGCAGAACAUCAAGAGACAGCUCCUGCUCAUUAAAGACAGUGAAGAACUUGAGCGUUGGUAUGCACAGUUGUCAAGAAUAACCCUAAACUCCUCUUCAUCUGACUCUGCCUCCCAAAUCCCUCUUCUGUGAGUAUUUACAUCAUCUCUUACCAACAUUACCUGACCCACUGUUCCUCUUUUAGUCGCAAGAACAGUCGCACUGGCAGUAUGAGGUUGCCAGGCAAGAACCGUGGUGCCAACACUCCAUCUGCAGUGAAAUCCCCAGUCAGCGUCUCCACAACUGCUACUCCAAAUCGCUCCUUCUCCACCUCCUCACACAACAGACUGAGAGAUCCCAGGGACAGUGUUGGUGGUGAAGGCAGCCCCAGACCCAACACCUACUCCCAUGCGGCCUCUAGACCUCGACUGAGACAGCCUCUCCCUGACUCCCUCCUCCGCCCCUCUGAGGAAUUUGGUCCGUGUUCUCUCCCUAAUAUAUAUCUCUACUGUAAUUGUACUUUCCUCUCCAAGUCUCACUGUUUUGCCAGUAAAACCCCACCAAGGAGUUGGGUCUCCUUUAGCAACCUAUCACUGCUUAAAAUGACACAAGUCUGUUUGAACUGAUUUUAGCCAUUGACAGGGAAGUGUAGCUACAUGGUAGCUAACCAACUGGCAAAAUGGGUGGAGAUGUAUUUGCACUAUGCUUUUCCCUUAAACACUGAUCUCUUGUAUAAAUCAUCUGCCUAACUUUCUUUCACUGCAGCUGCCACCCAAUAGUGCUUUGCGCAGUCACUAUGGUAGCAACUUCUUCUGAAUAGAGCCACCUCCAAGCUUAUGUUGCAAAAUUCACUCAUCAGAUCAUAACAAAAACACACACACACACACACCAGUGACAGCUGGCCUCUUGUCGUUAAUAUGAAACACUCCUGUAGCACUAUACUGUCUAUGGCAUCAUUAUGAUGUAACCAUUCAGUGUGAGAUUGCAAGAUCUGUACAUGUGAUUGCGAGGGGACAUGAGAAAAUGUCAUGUGAUUAGAGG